AUGCGCAAUAUUGAUAGAUGGCAAAGAAACUGCCCCGUGCUGUGCGAAGAAAACUUCAAAUCCAAGUACGAGCUUAUUGAUGAAGUCAUCGGAGAAGGUUGUCUUAGUUCUAUCUUUCACAAUCAAUAUUGGUUGAAGGGUCGUUUGGAACGGUCAUCACCGCUAUAGCCAAAGUACAGGGGACUAAGAGAGCUGUGAAAGUUAUUCGACGGCUGAGAAAAGUAUCAUUCCUUCUCAUUGAAUUGAAAGUAAGCGUAGAAAAUCAUGAUCAAACGUUUGUAUCAAUAUUUUCAGCUGUUGACUCAACUCGGAGGUUUUUUCAAUGUAAUCAGCUUUUAUGAUUUUUUCCAUGCCAGUGGCUCUAUUCUUAUUGUCAUGGAGUACUUCGAACACUGCUCCGUUGCGGUGAGAUUUUUUUUCCGAAGUUUAUGUCAAAAAGUUUUUUUUUUCUACAGUUUUAACCUAACAAGAACUUAGUCGUUCUUUUUAUAAUAAAAAAAGUUGAUUUCAUAAAAAAUAUUAUUUAGAAAGAGAAGAAGCAAUUUUUACUUUUCGAGUAAUUUCUCUAUUUUAGGAACUUUUGAUGCACUCGAGACGCGAAAAGACGUUUCCAUUACUUUACUUCCGAAAUCUUCUAACUGCUCUUGCUUACUUACAUGACAACAACUUUGUCCACCGAGACGUCAAACUAUCCAAUUUUCUAUACAACCCGAAACAGAAUAGGUGAGAAAAUAUCAUCUUUUAUCGAGUAGAUAUUUGUUUGAGCUUCCGUAUCGUGGAUUUCGGACUCGCCACGAUCAAUAGGUCUGAGAACGAACAAACGCAGGUUGGAGUUUAUAUCGAUUCAUCUUCCUUGAAACGGUGAAAUGCGAUAUUUAAAUUGUGUGCACGGUGCGGUCGCGAUGAGUUUGGCGCUAUUAAAAAAAUCUCUUUGAUGGGAUCCUUGUCUGAAAAUCAUCUCUGUUUUUCAAAAAAAAAAAAUACAAUGGUAGUCAACUAUCAAAAAAUUAAUGGAAACAGAGCAAUUGAAAACGCGCAUGUCUCGAUAUUUCUGCACAGGUAAAGCCCAAACGGCCUUAAAGAGGCCUUAAAAAGAAGAGUCUAAAGCUCUUUUUCGAGUUCCUCAAAAAGUGUCAAAAGUUUCUCGGAAUUUUUUUUUGCCUUUUUUCCGCCUUCCUUUUUCCUUCUUGAAAGGUCCUUCUGAGAAAAAGGUCAUAUCAAAAAAUUAAUGAAAACAGGUCAAGAAAAAGGUGCCUUGCUUUUUUUUUCUAAAAAGUUCUUUUUGACACCUUUUGGGCUUUGCUCUGUAAAAAGCUGUAUAUGAAUAUGUAAUCGAAAAUAAAAUAAUCUUCAUGAAUACUUUCCCAACAGAGGGCGAUCCUCCAAGAGCUGGAAGAAAACGAAGAAUGUUCGGAAUGCGGACGGAAAGGCGAGCUUUGUCUCAAGUGUCGGAUGAAAACAUCCCGAGAAACCUACACUGCAGUGCGUUUAGUUUUUAAUUUCCAGUUUUUUUUUUGCAUGUCCAUUGCCCUAUAUGUGCUUUAAGGUUGGAACACCUGGAAUCCGAGCUCCCGAACUCCUUUUUGGCAUCGGAACUUGCGCAGCUCCACUGGAUGUUUUCUCCGCCGGACUCUGCUUGUUGUCUCUUCUCGCGUUGAAACAUCCUUUCUUCAUGCCCGCCAAUGAGAUCGAAAACAUUGCAAACCUUGCCUCGCUCGUGGGCUCCGAGGCCAUAGAAAAGGUUUCCUUUUCUCGUUCAAACUCAGCUUUUCACAACUAACCAGACAAUGGGCUUAGCUUACAGUGAGACUUCUGAAUGAGACCAUGUUUUCUUGAUGUAAGUUUUCAUGCUGAUUUCAAAUCCGGUCUCAAAAGCUGCCACAUAGGUCUGUGAAAAAAGUUAUGAACCCUCAAAAGUUUUAGACCACUUCAUCAUAAUUUUUAUCAAUCUUUCGAUCAGUAGUUCCGAUUUUUUAAAAUUUUUUGUUAUGCGCAUAAUUAAUGGCAUUUCCCAGGUUUUUAAAAAAGAAAGCUUGCCAGACAAUGAAAAAAAAUAAAGUAAAAGCAUCGUAUUUAAUAAAUUAACACAGUGUUCGAGCAUAGAAUCACAUUUGAAUCAGACUUGAUCGGAAAUUUGGUAGAACCCCCUAAUAGGAAGUAAAAAUUCAAAAUAAAAAUGUAUAAUAAUGAAAUGGUCUCAAAAUUUUAGGCAAAGUCGGAAAGGGUGGAAAAAGGCUUCAUAUAAAUGUUUCUUUUAGGGUGACAAAGAUUCCUUUUUUGCUGCCUUUUUGCGCCAUUUCAUGGGCUCUUAUGCACCAUUUUUGCUGCCUCUCCAUCUCCCACCAUUUCUUGACCCUUUAAAGUUAUAGAAAAAAUGGAAGGCUCGAAAAAGGGACUCUUUUUGCUGCCUUUAUGCGGCUUUUCUUGAGCCUCUCCCUUUUAGCGGCCACUAUUCAACUUUCCGACUUUGCCCGAGUCUAUUGAAGAUCCUUAGUCCAAACUGCUCAUUUUUUAUUCAAUAGAUAAUUUCUUCCUUUUUCUGAACGGUCCUAUUUCAGAUGGCUCUGAGUGAAGGUUUGCGAGUGACAGUCUCUCCCCCUUCAAAGCCACUGGACUUCAAUAAAUUGGUUUGUGCAAUUGCUUCUAUAUAUAAGGAGUUUCCCUCAGGUGAUCUGCUCGCGAUACGGGUUCGAUGCGGUCUCUCGUUGUUCCGAGUGGCUGCCGGCGGAUAAAUGCGCCUCGUGUGCCGAUUUUUGCUACAACAACGAGAACGGCCUCUGCAUAUGUUAGCUUUUUCUUCACGUCGUUCCUUUUUUUUUCGGGUUUUCACGUCCUUAACGGUUUUCGAUCCGAGUUAGGGCAGUUGAAAAGCGGCGUCUGUUUGAAAGGGGCCAGGCUUUCAAUUUUUAUAUAAACCUUAACUUCUUCUUCCUACGCCUUUGUACGGCUUGAGCGGCGUCGGCGCCCCAAAUCGAUUAGCCGGGGUCCUAUUUUGAUAAUCAGUGAACUGGCUUGAGUGACAUAUCCGUCCUUGUGUGUGUGUGACGGUUGGGGGUUUUGAAUUCGUGAUUUCGCACUACCAACAUUUCUUAAACCCCUUGGUUGGGUCGGGGCGGGGAUUGAACUUGUGACCCUGUGGACCGUAGACAGGCACACAACCUGUUGCGCUAAGGCGCGUCCCCUAUAAACCUUAACUUUACGAAAAUAUUUAAAAUUUGGAAGUCAGUUGUGGAAUGUCGCCAUUCUUGAGUCAAAUGUCGCGUUUCAGCGACGCCUUCAAAUGAACUUCCCUAUCAAUAUCGAGUUUCACGUUGCCGUAAAAUCACUUCUCAUUUUUUCAGGCCGGCCGGCCUCUAAUGAGGGAAAGUAUUCGACAAAUGGUCUCGUUGACGAUCUCCCGAUUCUCUAUGUCGAUCUUCUUUACCACUCCCUAGAGGUAUCUGUAUUCGGUAGCCACUCGAAACCUCGGAAAAAGUUCAGGUGGACCGAAGGAGUCGAUACUCGGCUCACAGACUUCUCCAAGUCAUCGAGGCCUAUGACAGGCGGAACUUUGUAUAAAUAGCUCAAUAAAUGGAGAGAUUUUCUCGUGAGUGUUAGAACAUCAAAACUUAUCUCGUAAAACCGAUGGCCCCUUCGAUUAUUGCAUGUAUAACUUAAUUCACACCGUCUUUUUUUGCGCGUUGUAGCUCAAAUUCGGUUAGAAAAUCCCAACAAUGGUUCUUAACUUGAAAAAAAAGUCAACAGAAGGAUAGGCUUUAUUAAAAUCACGCCCAGGUCGGGAUCGACAUUCACUUCGACCAAAAAUAGCAAAAUCUUUCUUCAAUUCGUCUUACGCCAAUGCUGUUUCUGACUAAAGGUCCUUCGAUUUUUUCUUCUGCAGUUGCGCCUUGAAGAUCUCAGAAUGUAGCGAAUAUUAUUGCUUGGAACCGGAGACCGUGCUCUAGGUUGGAGCCUCGAAAUGAGAGCGACCACUCCGAGUGAAGACUUCACCCGAAAUAAUUCUUUAAGUUAUGAACAUACCCUUAAACAAAUCUGUCUACCAAAUACAAAUAAAAUAUAAAGCUUGAAGUGCAAUAUUUUAGCCAUCCCUGUAAAGAAAAUUUCGUGGAUAACCUACUCAAACAUUUUUUACCCGAUACAGUAUCACGAACGAGUAUAACGUGCCCGGUCGCAAAUUCCGUAUCAGUCUUGAUUUUGGACAUUUGCGACAUUCGGUCAAGGACGACCAACGCCAGCCGAUGAACUCAGAUUCCAAGGGCGGCUGAACUUAGCGGAUCGCCCAACUCGACCAUUGUUAUUGUUCACAAUCCAUAUCCGCUGGAAAAUUUUUUUUUUUCAAAAUCUGAUACGCUCUUUUAAAAUUUACUAUCGUGCUAGCUCACCAAUGAAUGGUCUCCGGUCGCAGGGGGGCCCCUGAAUGAGAACAAGUUUACUAGAUGUAGUUUUCACACUGAUUCCGAAUCUGGUCUCAAAAACUGCCGAGGAGGUCUGUGAAAAAAGUUAUGGACCAUCAAAAGUCGCGAAUUUCAGUGUCACCGAUUGAGCUCAUUUUUUGAGCAUCCUGAUAACAUAUAACAAAUUAUUCUUCUCAUAAAAAAAAAAUUUUAAAGCCUAGAUAUGAUUUUUCAAAGCUCCGCCAAACGUAAGGGAUUGCGGGGCUUGGUAAUGCGUCACAAAAAAAAGUUAAUUCGAGAGCUCAGUUAAGAAUUCUUGGCGAUUUCAGCUUUUACGCUGAAAAAAAUUAUUGUUUCUGAAUGAUUCUGGUCAGUACGGACCGUAGUGUUUCGAUGCGUUAUUCCUCGUUUUUGAACGAUAAAAAAAUUUUAAAAAAAUGUGUAGAAAUACACUUUUUUUCUGUUUUUUUCUGAUAACUGUUAUCAGGUUUCAACUAGUAGAUUUUUAAAAAAUAAUCGUAUGAUUUUAAUAGUUUCUAAAAUCUCGUUUGCCCGAGUCGAAGUUCUGCAACCUUAGAAAAUUGAUUGCAACUUGGAAAACCACUUGAGAGCUCUGGUUGAACUUCAGUAUGAUGGGCCUAACGGGAAAGCGAGAAGUAUCGAGGUCAAAAAGCGUGUGGAAACUCAGCAGGGAUGCCUGAAUCUCCUUUUGAGAACCGCGGGGUGGAGUCGAGGUCCUGGCUGGUGCCAGGCCAACGUCUCUUUGGCGUCCUGA